UUUGGGGGGAAAAUCGUGUAUGCUUUAUUUGGAGUAUGACAACCGGAUGUUCCGUUUGAUGUCGUUAUUUUUAGACGCAUUUAAACCGGAAGUAAACUAUAAACACGAAUAUAAGGAGUAAACAAGAAUAAACGAGAGUAAAACGCAGCUCAUGGCGGUCUCUCAGAUCUGUCCUGGUCUGUACCUUAGCAGUCUGGACUCUGCUCUGAACCGCAGCGUCCUCUCCAGCAGGAAUGUCACCCUCGUGGUUAACGCCUCGGGGCUCGAGGGCGUGUCCUACCCUCAGCUGGACGGCCUGCAGGUUCUCACUGUCCCUGUCCAGGACCAACCCCAUGCCCCCCUGGGACACUACUUUGAUCUGGUGUCUGAGCGGAUCAACCAGAACCAGACGGGGUCCACGCUGGUCCACUGCAUGGCAGGCAGGAGCCGAUCCCCCGCCCUCAUCAUGGCCUACCUGAUAAGGUUUGAGGGCGUCACUCUCCGUCGGGCACAUGAACUUGUCCUGGAGCAGAGACCGUUCAUUCGACCCAACGCCGGCUUCUGGAGGCAGCUGAUGGAGUACGAGAGGAGCAGGACGGGCAGGAGCACGCUGAGGAUGGCGAGGACGUCUGGAGGAGUCCUGCCUGAAGCUCUGGACAACUUGGAGGACUCUGAGGACUUAGACCCAUCUGCAGCAUACUGUGUUAAUGUCUGAAGGACCACCAGGGACUAGAUCUGACUUGACAAAGACCUGAUGUCACAGAUCUUCCUCUGCAGAGACCAGGGCCCGUUCUUUUGGUUCUUUUGAGGAUCCUGAGAGUGUGGGCCAUGAUCAGAGCUGAGUCCUGCUUCACUGCUACUUUACCAGAGGAAACACUGGACCAUCCUUUAUUAGAGGAGAGAGGAGACGACCCACAGUCCUUUGCUCAGUGGGUGGAGAAGAUUCCCAUAUGCAGAGGCUGUAGGCUGUAGGACUGAUUCCUGGUCUGGGUCCUCUCUCCUCAUGUUUCCCAUUUAAAUAAAGGCAAACAUGCCCAUUCA